UCCAACAGAACAGAACCUACCAGAGAUUCCUUAUACAUCAGGAGAGUAUCACCAUGGCGAUGUUGACCAUAUUUCUGCUUCUCAGCGCUGCCUUUGCUCUGGGUGAUGCAAUAGGGGAUCUGAAUGACACAGAGAAUCAAAUUAUUGAGAAUCUGAUACGCAACCUGCCAAUUGAGUCUGAGGAGAUGGGAGCGAAGGAGAAAGGGGGACUACAAACCAGGAGUUCAUCAUGCCCACCUGGUUGGCACAGAUAUGGGACACACUGCUAUCACUACGUCCCCAUCAUGGCCAAAUGGCCAGAGGCAGAGCAUUACUGUUUGCUAUUGGGAGGUAACCUGGCGUCAGUACACAGCCUCUCCCAGUAUAACUUCCUUCAGUCAGUCAUCCAAAGUGGUGCCAACAGAGCCCAGCGCACCUGGAUUGGAGCCAACGAUGCCAUCAAGGAGGGUCUUUGGCUGUGGAGCGAUGGGUCCAGGUUUAGCUACCAGAACUGGGGCAAGGGGCAACCCGAUAACUACAAAUUUGUUGCUGGGAGCGACAACACGAAUGGCCGUGAGCAUUGUAUGGAGAUGAACUAUGGAGGGGACUUCGGGCAGAAUGAUGCAGCCUGUUGGAUGCAACUUCCCUUCAUGUGUUCCAGAAAGCUGUAAUAUCAAC